AUGGCCAGCUACCAGAAUGGUCGGCCUUACUAUCCCUCCAACAAUCAUCCUUCCUCGGGUCAGAACAGUGGCUUCGUGCCUUAUGGCUCGCAGUCUACGUAUCCGUCACGCCCCCUCGAGCGAGCCCCGAGUUUUGAUGCUGGGGAUGACGGACAGUUUCUUGAAGGAGAUGGGACGCAGAUGCAGACGGGUUCAGGCCAGCCAUAUCAAGCCUAUGAUGGGCAAACAGGAGGAAGCCCAUCAGCGAACAGAGCGCACUCGAUGGGCGUACAGGCGUCCACGACGAUGCCUUUCCGGACGAAUACUCAGUACGCCGCAUUGGCUGGAUAUCAACACCAACAUCAACCGGCAGUACCUGCUCGCCCUUCAUACAAUCCAGCACAAUAUCAGCAGCAGCAGCAGCCGCCGCCACCGCCCAACUACAACCCACAUGUCUAUGCAAGUCCUCAAUCUCCCCAGGCUCCCGGUGCCUAUCAACCAUAUAUCCCAGCGGCCUAUGGUGACCCAAACUUGACUCGUCACACUUCAGUGUAUAACAGUUACGGCUACUACGAUGUUAACGCGCAGAUAAACUCCUCUAAUCAGCCUCCUCCGCCUCCCCCCCGAACCGAACAGCAACACUAUUCACACACUCAGCCAUACGGUGCAUACCAGCAUGAUGCCACUCACCAGUUUCCAGUCCGCCAUCCUAGUGCCUCUUCCGCCGGCCAAACUCAUGCAUCAUACUCGCCUCCUACACCGGCUGCCCCUCCGCACGCAGAUCCAGCACUGGCAGGUCGGUCAUAUGGCGCUAACAGCAUUCCUGGUGAAGGGUACUCGCACAGUGCCGGAACCGCAGCGCAGUACCAGAGUUCAACACUGAGUGCAUACUCGUCUCCAGACAUCAACCGGAAUUCUUCUUUUGCGAGUCGGCUGAGCAACCAAUCUGCUUCCUCACAACCUUCACUUCCAACACCGCCCAGCAGGCAGCCCUCUGACCGCUCUCCCCAGCGCACGAACACCCUCGAUCGUCAUCCUCAAGGAAGGUCUCUUCCGGGCGUGCCGUCCGAAUCAGAGUCCGAUAAUGACUAUCAAAUCAAUGCCGAGGCGCAGCACUCCGCAGUGGGAAGGGACACCCGUCACUCAGGCUAUGAUGACUUGAUGCUUCAUCUGGAUCAAGCCAUAGGGAACAGUUCCAUGCACUCAAGGUCAGCGAGUGACUACAGGUAUAGCGACGCUAGGGAAGAGGCCCCGGCUGAUGGUUACCAGCCAACUGCGGCUCAGCCGCUCGUGUCACCAGACGAGGUCCCUACCCAUCUUAAUGGAAACAUCGCGUCCACUGGCGACACCUACAUAAACUACGGAGCAUUCUCAGACGACAGCGAUGCCGAAGCUGCGGCAGGUCUCGCUGCGCUACAAGCCUUGGAUGAGCAGGAGAGACAAGAGGAUGCGCGCCGACGUAGUGGAUCAGCGACUCUCUUCCCCAGCCAGCCGCGCCCCGGGGAAACAGCUUUGCGCCUGUCAGAUCAAGACCGCAGUAGCGACAGCGACUAUGCCGGCUACGAUCUAAGCCUUGCAGGUGGAGGUUACGCGCCUGGCAUGUCAUAUGGCGAUCCAGCUGUGACAGACUACGCUACUGUCACUGCUAUGCCGCAAAGCGAGUUGUACGGACGGCUCAAUGCGCGGAUGGACUCUGUUCGCAGCUCUCGCGUAUCAUCUGAAGGUAGAGAGUCACAGGCUAGCGGACUCGAUUCUAUCCCUCCCGCAGAGAGUUUGCGUCAAUAUGCCCCCGUACCGAACGUGGCCCGGGUUGACACUGGGGGAACCGGGGGUCUAACUGAACCCAGUCCACAUCCACGACGUUUGAGCUACGAAGAUGGAGAUGAGGCGGCGUGGAUGGAUUCCGAAACUGCUCGCACUUCUGGUGACACCAGUCCCUCCAGAGAUUCCAUGCCUGACCUAUUUUUCCAUCCUGGCCUGAGCCAACAGCGACCGCUCCCACCUCCACCUUCUCACUCGGAUCCUGGUGCCCGGUUGCCGCAUUUGAUGCCUGCAGGUACCUAUACCCAGCAAUCUCGAUUCUCACAAUACACCGAUCAGACAUCAAGGGGGUUCCCUCCCGCCCCAGACGCCUACACUAAUUCCCUGCUGAGCCCUUCACCUGUCCCUCGCUCGACCUCGCUAUCAAGUACGCGCAGUGCUCCACGUGUGGAGUACCCAGUCCGCUCAAAAACCGAUGCCGACCGGCAAAAAUUGGCGCGUCAACAGGGACGGCCAGUUUCUGAUCUCUACGACAUAGCUAGUCCCCAGUCCGCCGUCUCGUUAGAUCUUCCGGCGAUCCCCAAGAAGCGCUAUAAUCCUUCCAAGCUAUCGGCUGACCAGUUUAAGAAAUGUUCCGAGCCUUGGGCGCUCAGCUCCAUUUUGGGAUGGAUCAAAGAACUGGCAGAAGAAGAGGCAGAUCUCAAAGAGCACAGCGUCGUGGAAGGCAUUGUCGCCCUCUUCAUGAACAAGGUUCCCACCAUGUACAUCACGGAAGCUGAAGCCCUUGGAGAGCGCGUGGUCAAAGAGAUGUUGGCAACUGGCGCCCUAAUGAGGGAGGAAGAAUGGGUCAAGUUUGGUCAUGGAACAAUGUCUGGCGUACUAUAUCAACUGACGGGAAGUGGUUGCUAUUCCUCGAAGCUGCAUUUGUAUCAUACCCGAGGGCGAUGCUAUUCCUACCAUUGCAUGCGGACAUUGAAAAAGGUCGACCUUGAUUCCUUGCCAGUCGAGAAGAAGUCGGAGGACUGGGCCACAUUCUACAAGCUCACCAAAGAAGACAUCGCAGGCCACGACAAGAAAGAAAUCGAACGGCAGAAUGUGUUACAUGAGAUAGUCACCAGCGAGGAUCUCUACAUCAGCCAAUUGGAUGUGUUGAGGGUUCUAUACAGAGACCGGCUGGCAGCUGCGCAGCCACCAAUCAUUCCUCCCAAAAAGCUUCCAACCUUCCUGAGGGAAGUGUUUGGUGGGGUUGACAAAGUGAAAAAGGUGAAUCAGGACUAUCUCCUUGGACAGUUGAAGUAUCGCCAGUCUGAGCAAGGACCCUGGAUAGCAGGGUUCAGUGACAUCUUUCGUGAAUGGAUCAGGAAAGCCCGGUCGGUCUACGUUGAGUAUGCAUCCAACUUUCCUCGUGCAGACUACCUCAUGCGUCGAGAAGCGGAGCGAAAUGUGCACUUCAAACUAUUCCUCGACCAAGCUCGGGAAGACAAACGAUCGAAUCGCUUGGGCUGGGAUAACUACCUGAAAGCACCGAUCACUCGACUACAGCGUUACAGUCUUCUGCUGUCAACUGUCCAGAAAAACAUGCUCAAAGAGUCAGAAGAAAAGAACAACCUAGCCUAUGCUCUCGACGAGAUCCGGGCUGCGACCUUUGAGUGCGACUCCAAGUUCGCUGAGAUGACCAAAAAGAUGCAGCUGGUCGAAAUGCAGACUAAGUUGCGACUCAGACCAGCCAUGGAAAAAGAGGUGGAGCUCAACCUCGAUCAUCUAGGCAGGGAGAUCAUCUUCCGUGGCGAUCUUCAACGUGCUGGCGGGAAGGGCUUCCAGUGGGUCGAUACGCACGCAAUACUCUUCGAUCAUUACCUGGUGCUCGCCAAACCUCUCAGCCGGGACCGCAAAGAGGGAUAUUAUGAUGUCUCAAAAGUUCCAAUCCCAAUGGACCUCCUGGUCUUGGAAAGCUCCAAUGACCCCGCAGUAGUCAAAUCGUCAGUUAAAGGUAUCGGUGCUGUCACUACCACCGUGGUUCCACGAGGGCAGCCGGUUCCGGACUCUCGGCUUGCUAGAGCACAGUCCACCGCAAGUGGAGGGCAGCCUGGUUCUCUAUCACAUACAAGCACCAAUCUGUCAAUUGGAUCAGGAAACACCAGCCAGUCGAUGGUACCCAUCACGACGAUAGAGUCUGGCAGUUCGAAAGAGGAGAAGAUCAUGUACCCCUUUCGUGUCAAACACCUCGGAAAAACCGAGACGUACACGCUUUACGCUCCGAGCGCGCAAAAUCGCCAAGAUUGGUGUGAAGCCAUCAUCCAAGCCAAAACAAGACACGCAGAAGCAUUGUUCUCUCAGAAUGCUGAGCCGUUCAAACUUCGCGUCCUGGCAGAUACUGCUUUCGGCUACGAUGGAUUGACCUACCCCCACCGACGUAUCUUAAUCAAGGGGACGCCGCUGGACCGGGCCAUCCAGGAGGCUGAAAAGAAAUUUGCAGGCCAGGGGCGUCCAGCACCUGUUUGUCGGGCUCCUGUCAAUUGCGCAACAGUGUUUAAUCAACCAUAUGGGCGGCUCAUGUGCGCUGUCGGAACUGACUACGGUGUAUACAUUUCCGAAUAUGAAAACUCUCGGGGAUGGGUUCGGGCUAUUCCGAUGCAACGGGUCAGCCAGAUCGCGGUCCUAGAGGAGUUCAACCUAUUCCUUCUGAUUUCUGACAAGGUGCUCAUCGCAUAUCAUCUGGACGUUGUCUGCCCACCAACCGGCAACCCUGUGUUGCAAAAUGAUGGUUCGAGUCGGAAGGCGCCGCAAAAGUUGUCGGGCUCUAAGGACGUUGGCUUCUUUGUGACGGGGAAGAUGAAGGAGCGCACGCUCGUCUUCUACAAAAAGCGAGACGGUAUCGCGUCCACGUUCAAGGUACUCGAACCAGUACUGCAGAGAAGCACGACUAGCCGGUCUCGCUUCUUGCCUUCGUCAACUCGUCGAGGCCAGACCGAAUUUUUCAGGGAAUACGACGAGUUCUACAUCCCGGCCGAGUGCUACAGCCUAAACCUGUUUCAGUCAAGCUUGGCGAUAUCCACGGCGAGAGGAGUGGAAGUGCUGACCCUGGAGAAAAAGCAAACGUGGAGCGUGCCGAACUUGAGGAGCGACCAACCCGACACACAGGCUCAUCUUAGCUCAAUCGCCAGUCGGAUCAAAGACCUCAAGCCGCUGGGCAUGUUCCGACUUGGGGAGGCCGAGUUCCUCGUCACGUUUGAGGAAUGUGCUGUCUAUGUCAACAAACACGGAGAUAUCUCACGGGGGGUGGUGAUGGAGUUUGUAGGUCGCGCAAAAUCGGCCUGUCUAUAUGCGCAAUACUUGAUUCUGGUCGACGACGAUUUUGUCGAGAUUCGCGACGCCCAGAACGGGAGACUGAAGCAAGUCAUUGCCGGAAAAGACAUCAAGCUGCUUGACGAUGGCGGGGGCGGGUCUGGAGGCGGCCAGCCGCAGACGCCGGCCGCUCUCGGAGGGGGCAUCAACGGCCUUGGGAUGAAAAAUUAUAUGAACGCCCCGCGGACUCCGAAGAUUGUUCUGCAACACCCGGAGUACGAGAAGAGCCAUCUCAUUGUUGAGCUGCUGUUGACAACGGAGACGGCGUGA